CUACUGUCAAAAACAUAUUACAUUUACAUAACUUUUGAUCACAACUCAAUACAAAAUUUUGUUUGUUAUAGUAUAAACACCAUAACAUUUUCCAAAGGAUUUGCAACAAAAUUAGCUAAUAGUACCAACAACUGCGCCAUAGACGUAACAAGAAAAAACAACAACAACAACCUUAACUCCAAGUGGAACUAUCUACAGUUAAACAAGCACAAUGUCAAUGAGACGCUCAAUGUCCAGCUCGAGCGCUGCCGAGUGGCGCAAUUACUUUAUGAGCACCCACUUCUGGGGGCCAGUCGCCAAUUGGGGUAUUCCAAUAGCUGCCAUCGCGGACACCUCCAAGCAUCCAAAGUUCAUCUCCGGCCGAAUGACAUUAGCUCUGACGCUCUACUCGUGCAUCUUCAUGCGCUUCGCCUACAAAGUGCAGCCCAGAAAUUGGCUGCUUUUCGCCUGUCACGCGACAAACGCUACGGCUCAAUCCUUUCAAGGCAUACGCUAUCUGAGGUACAUCAACUCCCAGGAAGCAGCCGCAUAAUAUGACAACAACACGGCUCGGCCAGCGCGCGAUAACAUUGCCAAUACCUGAACAACAACAAUGAGACCCACUGCAAUCCAAUCAGCCGACACGCAACAGCCCAAUAUGAUUGCAGUGCGCCCUGCUCACGGCCUCCUCGAGCUGCCGGAAUCUCAUCUGAAAUUGGAGCUCGCCCUGGCUCCAAUCUCUGUUCUCUGUUCAUCGCGCGUUGGACACCAAGUGGCUGCAGAGCGUCAGGAAUGGACAAUAGUUCCCGUGGUUUUGGUUAAAAAAAAAAAAA